AUGCUGGGCUGGGUUAUAAUUCCUCUCUACGAGGCAGCUGACGCCCUGCUCGACCAGUGUGGUUCAUUCAACUCUAUCCAAAAGCUCCGGUUGUCGAUGAUCAGAUAUCACGCCAGACAUGACUCCAAUGUCGUCAAAAGGAAGAUAUAUCAGAAUUUCCCAGAGCUCUGGAGCAUCGCAGUCUUUAACCUCAUCGAAUCCGAUUUACGCCUUCGAGAAUUGACCCAGAGAGAAGAGGUAAUUCGACAACAGUAUCAGGCUAUCAAAUUUCUAAGCCCCGAGAACCGACGGGAGGCGCACAUGAAAUACCCUCAGCUACUGGAUAGCAUUUCCAAAGAAUACUGGGAGGAAGAAAGAAGCUACUACUACUUAGAAGCUUCGCUUCUAAACGGGCCUGUGACGCGAGCCUAUUCCAAAAACCGUGAGAAUCCGAGAUGGUAUCUCCACAAGGAUCUUCGGAACGAUUGUGCUGGCAAGGGCGGAUGCUGUGGUCGGGGUUGUGGAUGUUGCGAGAAUCGCGAAAUCAUACCGGGAAGGAUGAAAGGGGUUGGUCACUGCACUUCGGAGUGUGGGUGUUGUAUUCAGAACCGUGACUUUGAGUUGACCCCAGAAGAAGAAGAAAAGCUGGUAAAAAUACGGUUCGAUACUUUGAAUGAUGAUAGGAAUCGGACUUACCGGCGUCGGCUUCUCGAAGCAUUUUUGAGUGGGGUUGAGUCUAAAAAGAAAGCAGCUCCUACUUGGAGAGGGUAA